AUGACGUCUACUGGACCAGUGGCCACAGGUGUGACAGGUGACCCGGUGGAGAUAACGACAAUGCCGACGACAACACUGGCCAUGUCAAGUAUCUUCACACCCCCCGCCUCAUGCUCGAGCUCAUGGACAUACGAACCACAGGGGGCAAACGAUGUUCCAAACGGACUCCUGAUGCAAAAUGUCGUCGCGAACGACAAUGCCGAUCCUGCAUGUUUCCCUUCGGGAUACAGUCAAUAUGGAAGAGUCCGACCAACUAUCGCCUAUAGCCCAGGCUAUUGUCCAGGUGGAUACACCUCGGCUGAUUUAGUGAUUCACAGCUCAGCAACUACUGCCAUGUGCUGUCUCUCUCACUUCUCCUACUACGAGGAAGUAAGGGACUCCUCAACGACAUUCGGCGGAUGCAUAAGCGAGUUUCCUAGUUCAUCAUCUACCAUUGUCACCGUCCGCCAGGUGACCCAUGAGAGCACUCAGGUUAAUGGCCCCGUCACGAUGUGGGCGCAACCAAUCCAAAUCGAGCUGCAGGCUUCAGACAAAAGCCUAUUUGUUUCAGCCACUACGACAUCCGACACGACAACCACCGCAAGUACUUCAACACAGACCGGCCCAAAAUCCCCAAACCCAGCUACGCCAACACCGGCGAACCCCGCAGCCCCAGGAACGGGGACAGAAACAAGCGGCCUGUCAACAGGAGCGAAAAUUGGCGUUGGCGUUGGUGUCGCCGCAGCAGGACUCAUUAUAAUCGCCGCGCUCGCAUUUUGGCUAUUCCGCCGGCGCCAGAACAAAGGACAGAAGGGUCUACUGGAUACGCCCUCGUCACCUGGAGGGAGUCACCCACAAGCUAGCGAGCUUGGUGGGAGCACUCAAUUCGGUGCGAACCCAUCAUACCAACGCCCGGGACAUGGAACACCGAGUGAGCUUGGUGGCAGUUCGCAGGCGGGAACGUCUAGCGUUGCGGCGAAUACGCAGACGACUGGACCUUCUGAGCUAGAUGCGGCAAACCCCGGCCCGAAGUUUGUGCAUGAACUUGGUGCUUAG